AUGGACCUCGAUCCUCGGUUGCGGCCUGGUGGUGAUGGCGAGGCGACCGGGGUGAGCAACUCGACUCCGAGUCCGGCUGGGCAGCUGUCGAGCGCUUCGUUGGCUGGGCGCGGUCGAGACAAUGCCGACACGCCGUCGACGGUGGGCAGCACGCCGCAGUAUCACCAGGCAGAUUAUGCGGGAGCCGGAUCUGGAGCUGGAGCUGGAGGAGCUGGUGUUGAUGCUGGAGGAGUUGCGGGAGGAGAAGCUGACGCAGCAGCUGCUGAUGCAAAGAAAUCGAGAGCUUGCGAGGCCUGUCGCGGGCUCAAAGUGCGCUGCGAACCGGAUCCCGUCGAUGGCGAGCCGUGCAAGCGAUGCCGCAAGGCUGGCCGCAGCUGCAUCGUCACCGUGCCCACCAGAAAACGCCAGAAGAAGACGGACAGCCGCGUGUCGGAGCUGGAGAAGAAGAUUGAUGCCCUGACGGCGAGCCUCCACGCAAGAGCCGGCGUGCCUGUGCCUGGCCUCAACCCGCUGGUCGGACAGCCUCAAUCGCAGCCUCAUCCUCAAUCACAGCAUCGACAACACCAGUCGGACUCUUCCACGGGCGGAUAUCAAGCGGGCGGAGGAGGGGGAGGAGGAUGGGUCAAUCCGGCGGUAGCAGGGACGGUCAGGCCGUGGGGAGGCAUGGAGGCAUCACCAUUGAUGCAGUCGGCAUCGACACCGCCCACGCGAACACCACAAGACGACGUCUCGACAUUCCAGCCGCCCAUCGUCAUGGCCGGCCAGAAGCGAAAGGCAACAGCCGACCGCGAUACCCUCGGAUCCGACGACCACAGCCACAAGGCUCUGACGCCGUCGACGAGCUGGUCCGGCUUCUCCAGGCCCACCGAGGGCGACAUUGUCGACCGCGGCCUCAUCACGAUGGAACAUGCCACGGGGCUGUUCAACAAGUACAAGGAGCACAUGGUGCGACAUCUGCCGGCCGUCGUGUUCCCGCACAGCGCCACCGUCAUGGAGCUGCGCAAGACCAAGCCCACGCUGUUCCUGGCCAUCAUGGCAGCCGCCACGGGCGAGAACCACUCGCUGCAGCGUGUCCUGCAAAAGGAGCUGAUGCAGCUGUUUGCAGAAAAGGUGAUUGUCACGGGCGAGAAGAACCUCGAGCUGGUCCAGGCCAUCCACGUCGCCGUCAUCUGGUACUGGCCGCCCGAGCAUUUUGAGGAGCUCAAGUUCUACCAGCUCAUCCACAUCGCCGCCGUCAUGGCCAUCGACAUUGGCCUCGGCAGGAAAGGCGGCUCGAGACGCGGUCCUCCUCCCUUUCGCCGCAACCCGCCGCCCGAUUCCUCCAGCAUCGAAUGUCGCCGGACGUGGCUGACGUGCUUCUUCCUCGCCCUCAACACGUCCAUGUCGCUGCACCGCCCCAACCUCAUCCGCUGGACGCCGUUCAUGACCGAGUGCCUGGAGAUUCUCGAGACGUCGCCCGACGCCGCGCCCACGGACAAGUACUUUUGCCACCUGGUGUGGACGCACCGCCUGGCUGAGGAGGUGGGCUCGCAGUUUUCGCUGGACGACCCGUCGACGCUGGUGAAUAUCACGGAUGCCAGGACGCAGUAUGCGUUGAGGGCCUUGGAGAGGGACCUCGACAAGUACAUUGCGUCGAUUCCCAAGAAUUUGAUGCAGCAUACUCUUCGUUUGAACUUUAAUGUAGUCAAUCUCUAUAUGCAUGAAAUGGCCCUCCACUCAGACACAAUGUCCGACCAGUGGCGACCCCCCUUCAACACCGACGCCCUCAAAGACGGCAUCGUCAACUCCGAGCCCCUAUCCGCAGCCCACAUCAACGCCCUCUCAGCAUGUCUCACCGCCAUCGACGGCAUCUUCAACACCUUUUUGUCCAUGGACGUCCUCAGCAUCCGCUGCCUGCCCGUCUUCAACUUCAUGCGAGUCGCGUACGGAGUCGUCAUCCUCAUCAAGAUGUACUUUUCCGCGUCCAGCCCGGGCUCGGAAAUGGGCAAAGUUAUUCACAAGGACAACAUGCGCGUCGAGUACUACCUCGAGGCCCUGCUCGACAAGUUCCGCGCCACGGCCGCAGAUAACAAGUGUCGUCCUGCCGCCAAGUUUCUAGUCGUACUGGCUAUGCUCCGUAGCUGGUUCUUCAAGCAAGGCAAAGAAGGAGGUGGUGGCGGUGGAACAGGAUCUUCCGAAGAUGGUGACGGCCCCUGUUCGUCAUCGUCGCAACAGAAGCAACAGCAACAGCAACAGCAACAGUACACAGCUCAGGGGACACAGCAGCAGCAGCAGUUACAACAACAAUUACAACAACAACAGCAGCAGCAGCAGCAGCAGCAACUACAGCCUCCCCAGCAGCAAUCUCGACAGCAAAACGUAAACACCCCGCUCCAACUCCUCUCCGAAGUCGCAACCACCGGCCGAGACGGCAGCGGUGGUGCUGCAGCCCACAUCUUCGCCGGCCUCAACGGCGCCAACAGACACCAUCCCCAGCCCUUCUUCCACGACGCCGUCUCCUCCACCGGCACCCCGCCCGCGUCCGUGUCCAACGCCUCCUCCUCCAUGCCGCAGCAGCAGCAACAGCAGAUCCCGGGCCCUUCCCCCUCGUCUACGGAUCUCGAUUCUGCCAUGGCGCCGGCAUUCCCGCCCUGGAUGUCUGCCGCUCAGCCUAUGGUUCCUACAGACCUGGACGUGGGUUCUAUGCCGACGAAUUUCGAUAUUGAGGGGUUGAAUCUUGCGGCUUCAGAUUUGUCGGACAUGUACGAGAGCGGAGCAAAGAUUGUCAUGAAUGAGCCUUGGUUUACGGAUGCUUUCCAGGGACUGCCAGACCCGAACCUAUUCCCCUUUUGA